CUCUUGCAUUUCGAGUUAUGUCCGGGUUUCUACAUACAUUUCUAUCGAUACGAAGAACCAAUUAUGUGGAAGAAGGAGAAAGAAAAAAAACUUGUAUCGGAAAUGUUCAAUUUCCUUUAGAAAAAGGUUCAAAAUUAAAGGCUUUCGAAUGUGGAGUGGGCAGGCGGCAGGUAUUUGGUGGAAAGAGCCGAAGAAAAAGAAGGUAAACGAGAGUGCCGCGCGCACACCGCACUUAAGCAAUAACAUAUAUAUAUAAAAUAAUGCACAUUGUUCACGCGACGAGCAUUUGAAGAUCCUUGCGAACUUUGCGUAAAGUCAUUAUUACUUAACAACGAUUCCUCCCCCGUGCAAUCUCUGCGCUCCUAAUUCCGUAUGCAUAUUCGACAUUCAGAGUCUCAGUCUCAGGUCGCUCCGAGUCGAAGUCGGAACUAGUUUUAUAUAAGCCAUGGUGUCGUACGUGUCUAUAGUUUCUUCGCUCCUUCUAAUCAAUUAUGUGAGGUACUCGAGGUCCGCGCUGAAGGAUUCCUCCGUAUCAUCGAACGCGAGGCAGAGUGAAAACGAUGCGAUCGUAUUCCUCUCGGACGAUGAUCACGAUCAUCAGCAUCAUCAUCACCAUUAUCAUGAUCACACUCACGAUCAUGACGCGAAUCCUCUAUACAGAACCACAACAAGGCAAGGUGAUAGCAAUAAUGACGAUUCCGAACACCUAAAAUUUUUCCAAAGUAUUAGUAGUCUAUCAGUAAAUGAUCUAUUAUUAAGUCACGUCGAUGGAUUUCAAGACGAUGAACCAAACAUCACAAAUCGUUUCGGAGAAAACGUAGAGCGCAGUGCUGCAAUAACACCAAAAGCUGCAAGUUGUAUGCCAGAAUUGCAGACAGUGGAACUGAUGGAAAAAACGGAUCCAUCGAUAGUUUAUAUACCGACAUGCACUAGGAUAGAACGAUGCGGAGGAUGCUGUUCGCAUAAACUGCUCUCAUGUCAACCAACAGAUACAGAAACUGUCAGCUUUAAGGUAAUCAAAACGCAAUUUGGCGCUGGAAAUCGCUUGAAGUUUGUGGGUAAGGAAUUAGUACAUCUGGAGAAGCAUACAAAAUGUGCAUGUAAUUGCAAAGUGCAAAGCACUGACUGUAAUAAAUUCCAAGAAUAUCGACAGGAGGAGUGCAGGUGCAUUUGCAAUAAUAUCGAUGAAGAGAAAAAGUGCCAUCAACACAAUAAGACUAAACUGUGGGAUUCAGAGUCGUGCAGGUGUGUCUGCAGGGAAAUCUCCAAUUGUUCAUCGGGAUUCGUGUUCGAUCCAAAUCUGUGCAAAUGCAUGCCGAUCCCAGUGAGAAGGAGGUUUGCAGAAGAUGGUAGCAACAACGAGAGCAUACUUCCUCCAUCUGUUGUUUAUGAGACGGAAAAGUCAAAGUAGAUCCUAAACUGAUAAUGUGUAUUGCUCGAUUGUAUUUCCUAAUUUAUAUAAUACUUAAA